UUUCUCUGAUGGGGCUGUUUUGCAUGCAGAUGAGUUGCUGGCAGAGACAUUCCAUGGGCAGAGGAGCCUCUGGGCCUGGGGCGCUGUGGGAGCUAUAAAAGGCAGCCCUGAGCAGGCUCCCUCAUCCUGCUCCUGCCUUCUCCUCCGUGCUGACCAAGGUCCAGCUGCAGCCCUCGGCCAUGUCCUGCUACGAUCUGUGCCGCCCCUGCGGGCCAACCCCCCUGGCCAACAGCUGCAACGAGCCCUGUGUCAGGCAGUGCCAGGACUCCAGGGUGGUGAUCCAGCCCUCGCCCGUGGUGGUGACGCUGCCAGGACCCAUCCUCAGCUCCUUCCCCCAGAACACCGCCGUGGGCUCCACCACCUCUGCUGCUGUGGGCAGCAUCCUGAGCGAGAGUGGAGUGCCCAUCAGCUCCGGGGGCUUUGGGCUGUCUGGCCUGGGCGGGCGCUACUGCGGCAGACGCUGCCUGCCCUGCUAGAGCCCUGCCCGAGCCCAGGGAGGCCUGGACCAGGGAGCCCCAAGCCAGGUGCUGGGCUGAGGCUGGCGCUGCUGGGCAGGCUUUGCAGCUGGGCUGAGCACCCUCUCGAGCUGCUGCCCAGGAGGGAGGCAGCAAGGUGCCAGCCUGCGGUGCCUGCAAAGGCCUCCAGCAGGUGUCUGCUGCUGCUGCUGCUGCUUUCUUCUGCCCGUCCUGAGUCCCUGCUGUCUGCUGCCGGCCUGUGCCAGGGCUUCCUGCUGAAGCGAGCUGCCAGGGGCCCUGCUGCCAGCCCUGUGCCCGCCUGUGUGUGCAGAAGACUCGUGUGCCACGCUGUGGAGGGGGCCUGAUUGCCAGCUGCCCUUGCAGCAGCCUGGCCUGUGCCCCUUCCCCCGGGCACUGCUUUGUUUCCCUCUUUUGACUCAUUAAAGUUUAUGCUGCAUUGUA